CAGAGGGACGGCCGUGCAGGACGCGCCUCCCACACGGGCUGCCCGGAGAGCGUCGCGACGCGGGUAAGUUUGGAUUUUGCGCCUCUGCGUCAGGUCACGCGGCACUCCCGCCCAGGGACACCCAGCCAACCGUCCGCGAGCCAUCCCUGUGUCCCCAAGAUGGCGGCCAUGCUCCCGACAGCCAGACCCAAGGUGCCAGUAUCUUUUGAGGAUCUUGCCGUGUACUUCACCAAGGCAGAAUGGAAUCUUCUGGAUCAUAGACAAAAGAAGCUGUACAAGCAAGUGAUGCUAGAGAAUUAUGACAAUUUGGAGUCAGUGGGAUUGUCGUUCUCCAAGCCUCAGCUGGUCAUCCAGCUAGAGCAAGGAGAGGAACCAUGGGUAGCAGAUGUCAACAGGAUCACCACAGGGAUGCAGGCAGGUGACAGGAUGAAUAGCAAGCUGACAAUUUCAAAGGAGAAUAAUUGUCCAAAAGAACUCCCAGGGGCCAAUCUUCAGGUUGGCAACAUGGGCCAGGUAGCCGGGCAGUCAGAGGAAACACUUGAGCACAGACAGAAAAGUGCCUGUUGUCCACAGACAGGUUCCAGCAGGGGUGACCCUCCUGGGGAGAAAGACCAAGGCAGCUCCCCAGGUGAGGGAAGAGAGAUGCAGGGAAGCAGCUGCGGAGGUAGGCAGGAUUUGGUUGUAAGGGAGCCGAGUUUCAAAGACAUGGAGAGGCAGUUCGUGUGUCAGCAGUGUGGGAAAUCCUUUGCCCGGAAAUCCAACCUCGUCAAACACCGAGUCAUCCAUAAUGACGAGAAGCGCUUUAAGUGUGGCGAGUGUGGGAAACUCUUUCGAUGCAACUUCUCACUCCUGGAGCACCAGCGCAUCCACAGUGGUGAGAAGCCCUAUGUAUGUGGCGAGUGUGGAAAGGCUUUCACACGUGGCUCCAACCUCAUCAAGCACCAGAUUAUCCACACUGGCGAGAAGCCCUAUAGGUGUGAUGAGUGUGGGAAACGCUUUGGGCACAACUUCACACUCAUAGAGCACCAGCGCAUCCACAGUGGCGAGCGGCCCUAUUCCUGUGAUGUGUGCGGCAAGGCCUUCAGCAGGAGCUGCAACCUCACUGAGCACCAAGGCACGCACAGCAGUGAGAAGCCCUUCAUAUGCAGCCAGUGCACAAAAUCCUUCAAGGGCAUGUCCCAGCUCAUUCACCACCAGCGUGUCCACAAGGGAGAGAAGCCAUUAUGUGGCAAGGAGUGUGGAAAGGCCUUCUGGGGGCGCUCAGGCCUCAGCCAGCACCAUGGGGUGCACACCGGUGAGAAGCCCUAUGAGUGCAGUGAGUGUGGGAAGACCUUCAGCCGGCGAUCCAACCUCUUCAAGCACCAGAUAGUGCACACUGAGGAGAGACCCUACAGGUGUCAAGAGAUGGCCCAGCUGGCUAAAGGCUCGAAGCGUGGCUCAUGUGAGUCACUCCUGGGCAUGAUCACCCCACCUUCCCGCCCCUUCUCAACCUGCUCUGUCUCCUGGACAUCCCGCCCCUACCCUGCCUCAUCCUUUGGUGCCACCAGCGGGGCCCCAGUGGCAGGUGGGCCAGCCAACGCCCCCACCAAGCCAACGGCUGAGAAGGUGCCCUCUGCCCUGAGGUGA